AUGCAAGACAACAAUAGAAAAGAAGCUCCUUCUGAUAUUGCUACUAACGCUCCAAAAAUUAGGAAGCCAGUUGCUUCAGAGGACUGCAGGUUGUUUAAUAGUAGUAAAUAUUGGGGUAUUCUCGUUCCUAUUAACGAGGAAACAAGUGAUCGAAUAGGAACUAUUUACCUCGACGAGGAUUAUCAAACAUUUGGAAAGAACGAAACGCGAAGUGGUUAA